AUGACUUCCAUUCACUUCGUGGUCCAUCCGCUGCCCGGGACCGAGGACCAGCUCAAUGACCGGUUAAGAGAAGUUUCGGAGAAGCUAAAUAAAUAUAAUUUAAGCAGUCACCCCCCAUUGAAUGUACUGGAGCAGACGACCAUAAAACAGUGUGUGGUUGGACCGAAUCAUGCUGCUUUCCUCUUAGAGGAUGGAAGAGUUUGCAGAAUUGGCUUCCUAGUCCAGCCAGACAGACUUGAAUUGAGUAAACCAGAGAAUAAUGAUGGUUCAAAGUUGAACAGUGGCUCAGGGGCAGGAAGGACAUCCAGGCCAGGCAGGACUAGUGACUCUCCCUGGUUUUUGUCUGGUUCUGAGACUCUGGGCAGACUGGCAGGCAACACCCUUGGCAGUCGAUGGAGCUCUGGUGUAGGUGGAAGUGGUGGCGGAUCCUCUGGGCGCUCAUCAGCCGGGGCUCGCGACUCUCGGAGACAGACGCGAGUCAUUCGUACAGGACGAGACAGGGGCUCCGGUCUCCUGGGUAGUCAACCACAGCCGGUGAUUCCAGCUUCAGUGAUACCGGAAGAACUUAUAUCACAGGCACAAGUUGUCCUUCAAGGAAAGUCUAGAAGUGUUAUAAUUAGAGAACUCCAGAGAACAAACCUUGAUGUGAACUUGGCUGUAAAUAAUCUCCUGAGCCGAGAUGACGAGGAUGGAGAUGACGGGGAUGACACUGCCAGUGAAUCCUACUUACCUGGAGAGGAUCUUAUGUCACUGCUGGAUGCUGACAUUCAUUCUGCUCACCCAAGUGUCAUAAUUGAUGCUGAUGCUAUGUUUUCAGAAGAUAUUAGCUACUUUGGUUAUCCAUCCUUUCGGCGCUCUUCACUUUCCAGGAUAGGCUCAUCUAGAGUUCUCCUUCUUCCCUUAGAAAGAGACUCUGAACUGUUGCGUGAACGUGAGUCAGUUUUACGCUUGCGUGAGAGGCGGUGGCUUGAUGGGGCCUCAUUUGAUAAUGAACGGGGCUCCACAAGUAAAGAAGGUGAGCCCAGUUUGGACAAGAAGAACACCCCAAUACUGAGUCCAGUGUCACUGGGAGAAGACUUGCAGUGGUGGCCAGAAAAGGAUGGAACUAAAUUUGUUGCCAUUGGGGCACUAUAUUCUGAGCUAGUUGCUGUAAGUAGCAAAGGAGAGCUUUAUCAGUGGAAGUGGUUAGAAUCUGAACCAUACAGGAACCCACAGAACCCCUUGAUUCAUCAUCCAAGGACAAGUUUUCUAGGUUUGACAAAUGAAAAGAUUGUCCUCCUUUCUGCAAAUAGCAUACGAGCUACUGUCGCUACAGAAAGCAACAAGGUUGCCACUUGGGUUGAUGAAACUCUUAGUUCUGUGGCUACAAAAUUAGAACACACAGCCCAGGUAUUCCCUGAAUUACAGGGAGAGAAGAUUGUAUCUCUACACUGCUGUGCACUUUACACCUGUGCCCAACUAGAAAAUAACCUCUAUUGGUGGGGAGUUGUACCUUUCAGUCAGAGGAAGAAGAUGCUUGAAAAAGCACGAGCAAAAAAUAAAAAACCCAAAUCCAGUGCUGGAAUUUCUUCACUUCCAAAUAUCACAGUUGGUACCCAGGUUUGCUUGAGAAAUAACCCGCUGUAUCAUGCGGGUGCAGUGGCGUUUUCCAUCAGUGCUGGCAUUCCAAAAGUUGGUGUCCUAAUGGAGUCAGUGUGGAAUAUGAAUGAUAGUUGCCGGUUCCAGCUGAGGUCUCCAGAGAGCUUGAAGAACAUGGAGAAGUCCAGCAAGACCACAGAAGCCAAGCCCGAAAGUAAACAAGAACCUGUAAAGACAGAAAUGGGGCCUCCUCCAUCUCCAGCAUCUACCUGUAGUGAUGCUUCUUCAAUUGCCAGCAGUGCUUCAAUGCCUUACAAACGCAGGCGAUCCACACCAGCUCCUAAGGAGGAAGAGAAGGUUAAUGAAGAACAGUGGUCUCUCAGGGAGGUGGUCUUUGUUGAGGAUGUCAAAAAUGUACCCGUGGGCAAGGUACUGAAGGUGGAUGGUGCCUAUGUUGCUGUGAAGUUCCCUGGUACAUCAAAUAGUACCAGCAGUCAGUGCACUCCUGGCUGUGAUCCUGACCCGUCUUCACUUCUCCAAGAUUGUCGACUCCUGAGGAUAGAUGAACUUCAGGUGGUGAAAACAGGUGGAACACCCAAGGUCCCUGACUGUUUCCAGAGAACACCCAAAAAGUUGUGUAUUCCUGAAAAGACUGAAAUCUUGGCUGUGAACGUGGAUUCUAAAGGGGUUCAUGCUGUUUUGAAGACUGGAACAUGGGUGCGGUACUGUAUUUUUGAUCUUGCUACUGGGAAAGCUGAACAAGAAAACAAUUUCCCAACCAGCAGCAUUGCUUUUCUCGGUCAGAAUGAGAGAAAUGUGGCUAUAUUCACAGCUGGACAGGAGUCUCCUAUUAUUCUAAGAGAUGGAAAUGGAACAAUUUAUCCCAUGGCAAAAGACUGCAUGGGUGGCAUCAGAGACCCUGAUUGGUUGGACCUUCCCCCAAUCAGCAGUCUUGGUAUGGGAGUUCACUCCCUGGCUAAUCUCCCAGCAAACUCUACCAUCAAGAAGAAGGCUGCGAUUAUUAUCAUGGCUGUUGAGAAACAAACCUUGAUGCAACAUAUUUUGCGCUGUGAUUAUGAGGCCUGCAGGCAGUACCUAGUGAACUUGGAGCAAGGAGUGGUUCUGGAUCAAAACACCCAGAUGUUGCAGACCUUCCUCAGCCACCGGUGUGAUGGCAAUCGAAACAUCUUGCACGCCUGUGUGUCUGUGUGUUUUCCAACGAGCAACAAGGAGACUAAAGAGGAGGAGGAAGCAGAGCGCUCAGAGAGGAACACAUUUGCAGAGAGAUUAUCUGCUGUAGAAGCUAUAGCUAAUGCCAUCUCUGUCGUGUCCAGCAAUGGUCCUGGGAAUCGAGCUGGAUCCUCUAGUAGCCGCAGUUUAAGACUGAGGGAAAUGAUGAGACGGUCUCUUCGUGCGGCAGGACUGGGGAGACAUGAAGCUGGAGCUUCAAGUGAUCACCAGGAUCCAGUGUCUCCUCCUAUAGCUCCACCAAGCUGGGUGCCAGACCCACCUGCUAUGGAUCCAGAUGGUGAUAUAGAUUUUAUCCUGGCCCCUGCAGUAGGAUCCCUUACCACAGCAUCCACUGGCACAGGUCAAGGGCCUAGUACAUCAACCAUACCAGGUCCUUCUUCAGAGCCUUCUGUAGUGGAGUCCAAGGAUCGCAAAGCUAAUGCUCACUUCAUCCUGAAAUUAUUGUGUGAUAGCAUAGUUCUGCAGCCAUACCUCAGAGACCUUCUUUCUGCUAAGGAUGCCAGAGGUAUGACCCCCUUCAUGUCGGCUGUAAGUGGAAGAGCUUACCCUGCAGCUAUAACUAUUCUGGAAACUGCACAGAAAAUAGCUAAAGCAGAAGCAAAUGCCAAUGAGAAAGAGGAAGAUGUGUUCAAGGCAAUGAUCUGUCCACCUGGUACAAAUGCAGAUGACUCCCCACUGUAUGUUCUGUGCUGCAAUGACACCUGCAGCUUCACAUGGACUGGAGCUGAACACAUCAAUCAGGAUAUAUUUGAAUGCAGAACAUGCGGUUGUUAGAAUCUCUCUGCUGUUGUACAGAGUGUGCCAGGGUCUGCCACAAAGGACAUGACUGCAAGCUGAAGCGUACAUCACCCACUGCCUACUGUGAUUGCUGGGAGAAGUGUAAAUGCAAGACACUAAUUGCAGGUCAAAAGUCUGCCCGUCUGGAUCUGUUAUACCGACUGCUGACCAUCACUAAUCUAGUAACAAUGCCAAAUAGCAGAGGGGAGCACCUUCUUCUUUUUCUUGUGCAAACCGUUGCAAGACAGACAGUUGAACACUGCCAGUACAGACCGCCUCGCAUACGGGAAGAUAGAAACCGCAAAGCAGCCAAUCCUGAAGAUUCUGAUAUGCCAGAUCAUGAUUUGGAACCCCCAAGGUUUGCACAGCUUGCCCUUGAACGUGUCUUACAGGACUGGAACGCACUUAAAUCCAUGAUAAUGUUUGGCUCUCAGGAAAACAAAGACCCUCUGAGUGCCAGCAGUCGUAUUGGUCACCUUCUCCCAGAGGAACAAGUUUACUUGAAUCAGCAGAGCGGUACCAUUCGCCUUGACUGCUUUACGCACUGCCUUAUUGUCAAGUGUACUGCUGACAUCUUGCUGCUGGACACAUUGUUGGGAACACUAGUAAAAGAACUUCAGAACAAGUACACUCCUGGACGUCGAGAGGAGGCAGUGGCUGUCACUAUGCGGUUUCUGCGGUCUGUGGCUCGUGUGUUUGUCAUACUCAGUGUUGAAAUGGCUUCUUCCAAGAAGAAAAAUAACUUUAUUCCACAGCCAAUAGGCAAAUGUAAAAGGGUAUUCCAAGCACUGCUUCCAUAUGCUGUAGAGGAGCUGUGUAAUGUUGCAGAGUCACUCAUUGUUCCAGUGAGAAUGGGAAUUGCGCGACCUACUGCACCCUUCACGUUGGCCAGCACAAGUAUUGACGCAAUGCAGGGAAGUGAAGAACUCUUUUCUGUUGAACCUCUCCCUCCAAGGCCAUCCUCUGACCAGUCUAGCAGUUCCAGUCAGUCACAGUCAUCUUACAUCAUUAGAAAUCCUCAGCAGAGAAGAAUAAGCCAAUCACAGCCCGUAAGAAGCAGGGAUGAGGAGCAAGAUGAUAUUGUGUCUGCCGACGUGGAAGAGGUGGAAGUGGUAGAAGGAGUUGCUGGUGAGGAAGACCAUCACGAUGAGCAAGAGGAGCAUGGAGAAGAGAAUGCGGAAGCUGAAGGACAACAUGAUGAGCAUGAUGAGGAUGGGAGUGAUAUGGAAUUGGAUCUUCUGGCAGCUGCUGAGACAGAAAGUGACAGUGAAAGCAAUCACAGUAAUCAGGACAAUGCUAGUGGCCGAAGAAGUGUUGUCACAGCAGCAACUGCUGGCUCAGAAGCAGGUGCUAGCAGUGUCCCAGCUUUCUUCUCUGAGGAUGACUCUCAGUCCAAUGACUCAAGUGACUCUGACAGCAGCAGUAGUCAGAGUGAUGACCUUGACCAGGAGACGUUUAUGAUCGAUGAGCCUUUAGAGAGGUCUACAAACAGCAACCAUGCCAAUGGUGCUGCACAAGCGCCCCGUUCUAUGCAAUGGGCUGUGAGGAGCACACAGAAUCAAAGAACUCCUAACACCGCUCCAUCUAGCACUUCCACCCCUGCAGCGAGUUCAGGAGCUCUAAUUUACAUUGAACCAUCUAGUUUACGUCGAAGUGGAAACAUGAGCUCUAGUGCAGCAGCAGCUCUUGAAGCCAGCAACUCCAGUAGCUACUUAACAUCGGCAAGCAGUCUGGCAAGGGCUUAUAGCAUAGUUAUUCGGCAAAUAUCGGACUUAAUGGGGCUCAUCCCAAAGUACAACCAUCUGGUCUACUCUCAGAUUCCUGCUGCUGUAAAGCUGACUUACCAAGAUGCAGUUAACUUGCAGAACUAUGUGGAAGAAAAGCUUAUUCCAACAUGGAACUGGAUGGUUAGUAUAAUGGAUUCCACUGAAGCUCAGCUUCGUUAUGGGUCUGCACUGUCUUCAGCUGGAGAUCCAGGUCAUCCGAACCACCCUCUUCAUGCUUCUCAGAAUCCCACCCGAAGAGAACGCAUGACUGCUCGAGAAGAAGCAAGCCUGAGGACACUAGAAGGCAGAAGAAGAGCCACGCUACUAAGUGCGCGCCAAGGGAUGUCUGCACGUGGAGACUUUCUGAACUAUGCGCUCUCACUAAUGCGUUCUCACAAUGAUGAACACUCCGAUGUGCUUCCAGUUUUGGAUGUGUGUUCCCUGAAACACGUGGCCUAUGUUUUCCAGGCUCUUAUUUACUGGAUCAAAGCAAUGAACCAACAGACCACACUGGACACACCUCAGCUGGAGAGGAAAAGAACUCGAGAGCUCCUAGAACUUGGCCUUGAUAACGAAGACUCUGAGCAUGAGAAUGAUGAUGACACCAAUCAAAGUUCUACAUUAAAUGACAAGGAUGAAGAUACACUACCUGCAGAGACUGGCCAGAAUCACCCAUUCUUCCGUCGCUCAGAUUCUAUGACCUUCUUGGGCUGUAUUCCACCAAAUCCUUUUGAGGUUCCUCUUGCAGAAGCCAUCCCACUUGCUGACCAGCCACAUCUCUUACAGGUAUCGUUAAUAUAA